AUGUACGGCUGCGACGUCGCGAGAGAUCCCGUGAACAUGCUGGCGAAACCCGUGCCGCCCUACGGCAGGCGCGCCGACCUCGUGCCCAGGCGGCAGGAGGACUUCGGCGCCUUCCCCGAGGUGCACGUCGCGCAGUACCCGAUCUCCAUGGGCCUCCGCGAGGCGGCGCCGGGAUCCAGCGAUGUGCUGGCCGUGACCGUCGACGCGCGCGGCCGAGUCGCGUUCGGCGCGGUCGUCCGGCAGGGCGAGAACGCCGCCAAGAUCGUCUACUCCAGCCACGCCGACCUCGUCCCCAGGAUCGCUCCUGCGCCCGAUCAUCAGGACGCUGAUGACGAGGACGAGGAAGAGGUGGAGGCUACCACCGCCCGGACGCGGGCCGCGCUGCAGGCGAUCAUCGACGCUCUCCUGCCCGCUGCGCAGCCGGCGAGCGUCGUCCGGCCGCCGCGUAGCCGGGACGAUCCAACGGUUGUCAAGUACAGGCCGGCGCGGCAGCUGGCGGCGUUCAACUCGGGCGCGGAGGAGCGGAUCGUGAGGGUGGAGCACGCGCAGGAGGACCCGGUCCUGCCGCCCCAGCACAGGCACAGGCGGGUGCCGCGCCCGGCCGGGUCGCCUCCCGUCACCGUGAUGCACUCGCCGCCGCGUCCCGUGUCGCGUGAGGACAUGUCGGACUGGAAGAUCGCGCCCAGAGUUUCAGACUGGAAGAACUCUGGCGGGUACUGCAUCCCGCUAGACAAGCGGGUGGCGGCAGACGACCGGCGGAUGCAGGACGUGCAGAUCAGCGACGGCUUCGCCAGCCUCUCAGAGGCGCUGUACGUCGCGGAGCAGAAGGCCAGGGAGGCCAUCCAGACGCGCGUCAAAGUGGUCAAGGAGCUGAAGAUGAAGGCGAAGGAGCAGCGGGGACAAGAACUGCGUGAGAUCGCGAACAGGGCGCGCGCAGACUCCGACGCUGCUGCGGCGCCGCCAGUUCGCGCAGUGGAUGCGGAGUUGAGCCAGCAGAGGAUACAGCGCGACAUGGUACGCGAGGAGCGGCGGCGCCAGAGGGAGCGUGAGGUCGCCUACGACGAGCGGCUGUUCAACCAGGACUCGGGGAUGGACUCCGGGUUCGCCGCGGAUGAUCAGUACAACGUCUACUCGGGGAGGCUCUUCUCCGUGCAGCCGGCGGCGCUGUCGAUGCUCUACAGUCCCAACAAGCACGGUGACUCUGAUAUAUACGGCGGCGCGGAUGAGCAGCAUAUCGAGAAGAGAACUAGGACGGACAGGUUCAGACCUGACAAGGUGUUCUCUGGCGCUCCGGAACGGCCGGUCGGCAAGAGGGACAGGCCAGUUGAGUUCGAUAUGCCUGAGGAUUGUGGAGAAGCCGAUGAUCCCUUCGUCGAACUUGAUCAGUACAUGGCUAAAGGUGAAGGAGGGGAAGAAACAUUGAGAAGAUGGUAA